AGCAAUUUUCAGUUCUGAAAAGACAUUGAGUGUUCCAUCCAUCCCUUCUUCAUCUUCUACUUCUAUCUCCCUACAUACUCAUUCAAACAGACAUGAAAAUUAUGGAAUCAUUAGCUCUUAUCUUCUACAGUACUCUUGUUUUAGCUACGAUUUCAGUUCCAGCAACUAACUCCAGAAUCAUCCAUCAAAAAAACAAUGCCAAUCUGAUUGAAGAAACUUGCAAGCAGACACCCCAUCACGACCUUUGCAUCCAAUACCUCUCCUCCGACCCUCGCAGCACCGAAGCAGAUGUGACAGGGCUGGCACUUAUUAUGGUCAACGUAAUCAAAAUCAAAGCAAACAAUGCAUUGGACAAAAUCCACCAACUGCUUCAGAAAAACCCUGAACCUAGUCAAAAGGAACCACUGAGUUCGUGUGCUGCUAGAUACAAAGCAAUUGUGGAAGCUGACGUGGCACAAGCCGUUGCGUCUCUGCAGAAAGGAGACCCCAAGUUCGCAGAAGAUGGUGCCAAUGAUGCUGCUAUUGAGGCCACCACUUGUGAGAACAGCUUCUCUGCUGGGAAAUCGCCACUCACCAAUCACAACAAUGCUAUGCACGAUGUUGCAACCAUAACUGCAGCUAUAGUUAGACAAUUGCUCUAGUGACACUUACUCCAACGGAGGGGAUGAUGCAAUUUAAUUUUCGUAAUAUCACAUUAUAAUUAUAUUUUCAAUUAACACAACAUAAAAUCUUGCUCUCUUGUUGGUCUCUUCUGUAAUGGAAACACAACUGCUUUUGCCACUUCACAAUUCUCAUUUCUCACUGUCCCCUCUCCUCUGCUUUCCACGUUUCUUAUUUUCAUUUUUCUUCUUUGAUUCUUGGAAAAUAAUUGACAGCGCAUGGGAUGUGAUAUGCCUCUGUCUUGUGCUUCUACUUUCUUCUAAUGUAUCAUCAAUUUAGCCUUUUUAACUUUAA